GCGGCGCUGGGCUGGGAUUUGUACGGCGCGGUGGCGGCGCUGCUCGGGGUCACCGCCGUUUACACCAUCACUGGUGCGGAUUGGGAGCACUGGGAGCCUUACUGGGAGCACUGGGAGCCAUACUGGGAGCGUUUCUGGGAGCACUGGGAGCACUGGGAGCACUGGGAGCCAUACAGGGAGCCUUACUGGGAGCACUGGGAGCACUGGGAGCCGUACUGGGAGUGUUACUGGGAGCACUGGGAGCAAUGGGAGCCGUACUGGGAGUGUUACUGGGAGCACUGGGAGCCAUUCUGGGAGUGUUACUGGGAGCACUGGGAGCACUGGGAGCCUUACUAGGAGCAAUGGGAGCCUUACUACUGGGAGUGUUACUGGGAGCACUGGGAACACUGGGAGCCUUACUGGGAGUACCAGGAGCCUUACUGGGAGCACUGGGAGCCGUACUGGGAGCAAUGGGAGCC